AUGAGUAUAAAACCAUUACUUAACCAGCAUGCUUUCAUAACAGGAGGAUCCAAGGGCAUUGGUAGCGCAAUCGCCGCCAAGCUCUCCUCGCUUGGCUGCAGGGUGACCAUUUUGGCCCGGAACCAGGACCUAUUGAAAGCGCAGACGGAUCAACUCAACCACAAGUACCCACUCCCCAACGGCGAAAAACACAGCUACGUGAAAUUCGAUUUACUCCGACCCAGCGAGCUAGAGAAGUUCAUUUCGGAAGGCAAGUGCUUCCACCGCACAAAUAUACUCGUGAACUGUGCAGGCAUGACACAGAAAACGCUACUCAUGACCACCUCUCCGCAGGAAAUCGCAGAUAUCAUCAACGUGAAUCUGACCUCGCCUAUCAUACUGAGCAAGCUUUUCGUGAAAAGCACGAGCCGCGUGAAGGACCCCGGUUACAACGCAAGUAUCGUCAACAUUUCCUCGGUUGUCUCCGUACCGGGGAACAAUCUCACCGGGGCCAGCGUUUACACGGCAACCAAGGCUGCGUUAACCCGUUUCACACAGGCUCUCGCUGCAGAGCAGCACGCGAUCCACGACCGGAGGCCUCUGUCGCCCCUUGUUCGUGUCAACGUUCUUCUUCCCCGACAUAUUGCCGACACCGACAUUGGCAAAUCUGUCAAAACCCCUUCUGUUGGUACCAGUACGGCCGAAGACGUGGCGCAGGCCGUAGCAAAUCUCGUCACCGAUGACCACAACGUCGGUGGCGCAGCAACUGUUGUAUGA